AUGCUUUUCACAGCCGGUCAAUUGUUUCACCGCUCCGUGGGACGCUUUCUCUACAGCACAAUGUCGAAGCCAAAGGUUGGAAUUAACGGAUUCGGACGUAUCGGACGUCUUGUGUUGCGUGCAGCAAUCGAGAAGGACACCGUUGAAGUGGUAGCAGUCAAUGACCCCUUCAUCAACAUCGACUAUAUGGUCUAUAUGUUCAAAUAUGACUCAACCCAUGGUCGCUUCAAGGGAGACGUUCAUGCUGAGGGAGGCAAGUUGGUUGUUUCCGCACCUGGAAAAACCGCUCACCAUAUUACCGUACACAACUCGAAGGACCCCGCCGAGAUCAAGUGGGGAGCAGAUGGCGCUGAGAUUAUCGUUGAGUCCACUGGUGUGUUCACGACGAUCGAGAAGGCGAGCGCUCACUUGAAAGGUGGCGCCAAGAAGGUGGUCAUCUCAGCACCGUCUGCAGAUGCACCAAUGUUCGUGAUGGGAGUCAAUGAGGAUAAGUACGACGCUGCCAACAACCACGUCAUCUCAAACGCAUCAUGCACCACCAACUGCUUGGCACCUCUUGCUAAGGUGAUCAACGACAAAUUCGGUAUCGUUGAGGGUCUCAUGACCACCGUCCAUGCCACAACCGCCACCCAGAAGACCGUCGAUGGCCCAUCUGGCAAGCAGUGGCGUGAUGGACGUGGUGCAGGACAGAAUAUCAUCCCAGCCAGCACUGGCGCAGCCAAAGCUGUUGGCAAGGUUAUUCCACAACUGAAUGGCAAGUUGACCGGAAUGGCAUUCCGUGUUCCAACUCCGGACGUUUCAGUUGUUGACUUGACGUGCCGUCUUGAGAAGGGUGCAUCGAUGGAUGAGAUCAAGGCAGCAAUCAAGGAAGCAGCCAACGGAAAAAUGAAGGGCAUUUUGGGAUACACUGAGGAACAGGUAGUUUCAACUGACUUCACAGGUGACUCACACUCGUCAAUCUUUGACGCAGGAGCAUGCAUCUCGCUCAACCCGAACUUCGUCAAGCUGAUCUCAUGGUACGACAACGAGUUCGGUUACAGUUGCCGUGUAGUAGACCUGAUCUCUCACAUCAGCAAGCACUAG